CCCCACCAUUAAACCUGGCCUCCUUAACCUUUCUGCCGAGACGCUGUUCUCGUCCACAGCUCUCGACGUUACUCCGACGGCGCCCAUCCAUACCUUCCACCCAAAGCUUUGCAACCAAACACACCUUCUCUACAGUCAGCAGAGCACGCGAGCUCAUUACCCCACGUGCAACCCCUCGAUUCGGUCAUCGUCCAGCAUUUGCCGCGGCUUCAAUCAGCUGUCCACCAUUCAGAAGACAAACCAGGCUCUGUUCAAGUGAAGGCAACAGUAGCUUAUUCGCAAUGGCCUCCGACAGAGACAUCCUGCCAUCAUGGAUUAAACCGUCGCAUUAUACCGUCUCCAUCCAUGACCUCGAGUUCGGCGGAAAGUUCAACUACCAAGGUACCGUCACCAUCACCACAAACAUAACCAAAGAUGACGGCUUCAACGACAUUGUCCUCAACUCCCACGAGAUCAAAGUCCAGAGCGCGGAGCUUAAAGUAGGAGGGGCUACCAAGUCGGCCAAGGACAUCUCGUACGAUGAAAAGCGUCAACGGGUAACCCUUGACUUUGGGGAGAAGAUCCAGCACACUGGAGAGGCUGAGCUUACCAUCAAGUUUGGUGGCUUCGUGAACAACAUCAUGGCGGGCUUCUACCGAUCCAAAUACACCCCGAAAGGCGAGGUUCCUGCUUCUGUCGCCAAAGAUGACGAGUUCCACUACAUGUUCAGUACCCAAUUUGAAUCCUGCGACGCUCGCCGUGCUUUCCCCUGUUUCGAUGAGCCCAAUCUCAAAGCUACCUUCGAUGUCGAGCUAGAAAUACCAAAGGACCAAAUUGCGCUUAGCAACAUGCCGGAGAAAGAGAUUCGGGAGAGCAAGAGGGAGGGCUUCCACACCGUUGUCUUUGAACGCUCGCCAAUAAUGUCUACAUACCUCCUUGCAUGGGCAAUUGGAGAUUUCGAAUACGUCGAGGCCUUCACUGAGCGGAAAUACAACGGCAAGAACUUGCCUGUGAGGGUAUACACUACCCGUGGUCUGAAGGAGCAGGGUCGGUUUGCCCUGGACAACUGCCACAAGAUCGUCGACUACUUUUCCGAGGUCUUCCAAAUUGACUAUCCGCUCCCGAAAGUCGACCUUCUGGCCGUUCAUGAAUUUUCACACGGUGCUAUGGAAAACUGGGGCUUAAUCACCUACCGAACUACUGCAGUACUCUUCGACCCGGAAACCUCCGCAGACAGCUAUCGCAAUCGCGUGGCAUAUGUUGUGGCACACGAGCUUGCCCACCAAUGGUUUGGCAACCUCGUUACCAUGGAUUGGUGGAGCGAGCUUUGGCUCAACGAAGGCUUUGCUACAUGGGUUGGCUGGUUUGCGAUUGAUCACUUGUACCCUGAGUGGAAUGUUUGGGGACAGUUUGUUACUGAAUCUGUUCAAACAGCCUUCCAACUUGAUUCCCUGCGAUUCUCUCACCCAAUCGAAGUUCCCGUGUACGACGGCCUCGAAGUAGACCAAAUCUUCGAUCACAUCAGUUAUCUCAAGGGGAGUUCCGUCAUCCGCAUGCUUAGCUCCCAUCUUGGCGAGAAAGUGUUCUUGCAGGGUGUAGCAGAUUACUUGAAGGCCCACAAGUACUCAAACGCCACCACCAACGACCUCUGGUCAGCACUUAGCAAAGCUUCUGGACAGGAUGUCAAUGCUUUCAUGGAUAACUGGAUCCGUAAGAUCGGAUUCCCGGUCGUUACGGUCGCUGAAGAACCUGGUCAGAUCGGGCUUCGCCAGCAACGCUUCUUGCUUGCCGGUGAUGCCAAGCCAGAGGAGGAUGAGACCGUUUGGUGGAUUCCUCUAGGCCUACACUCUGGCUCUUCUGCAUCUUCUGCAUCCCUCCACAAGACUAUUGCUAUGACACAAAAGGAGGAUACCAUUCGGGACGUCGAUGAUGCAUUCUACCAAGUUAACAAGAACCUCACCGGGUUCUACCGCACCAACUAUCCAGCCGAGCGGCUCAAGAAGCUCGGUGAGGCUCGUCAUCACUUGUCUGUCCAGGAUAAGAUCGGUCUCGUUGGUGAUGCAUAUGCCAACGCAGUGGCCGGUUAUGGCUCAACACCUGGUCUGUUGGCCCUUGUGGAACGGUUCCAGGACGAGACGGACUAUUUGGUCUGGUCUCAAAUCCUUACCAACAUUGGUAACGUUCGCAAUGUGUUCUCUGGUGUAGAGGAUGUCAGCGAAGCACUGAAGAAGUAUAGCCUCAAGUUGGUCAGCCCGGCAGUAGAACGCGUUGGCUGGGACUUCAAAGAUGGCGAGGGCUUCUUGAUCGGUCAGCUCCGCGCCCAGCUUAUUCUCACUGCGGGUCUUCUUGGUCACAAGGGUACGGUCGACGAGGCUCUCCGCCGAUUCGACUUGUACAUUUCCGGGGAAGACAAGUCCUCGAUUAACCCGUCGCUGCGCGGAGGUGUCUUCGCCAUUGCCAUCAAGACGCGUGGCGAGUCCGCCUUCAAGGCAGUCCAAAACGAAUACCUCAACACGACAUCCAUCGACGGUAAGGAAAUCUGCCUCCGUGCCAUGGGUCGCGUGCAAACUCCCGAGUUGGCCCAGGAGUUCCUCUCAUUCAUCUUCUCCGACAAGGUGGCCAUGCAGGACAAGCAUUCGGGCACCAUCGUGCUAUCCGCCAACGCCAAAGUCCGCAUCGAGGUGUGGAAGUUUGUUCGCGACCACUGGGAUUCAGACAUCUUCCCUACCCUGGCUGGCAACAAGGUCGUGCUGGAGCGCUUCCUGCGAUUCGGCUUGAACAAGUUCGCGGAUGAGAAGGUGGCCGAUGAGAUCAAGGCUUUCUUCGAGGGUAAGGACACCAGGGGUUACAACAAGGGGUUGGAAGUUAUCGACGAUACCAUCAGGAGUCACGCCAAGUAUGCGUCGAGAGACGAAAAGGUGGUUAGGGAGUGGUUGAGCGCGAAUUCGUAUCUCCAGUGA